AAUGCAAUUACUGUUUCAUUUGUAUUUCAGCAAGCUGUAUGUGCCCCAAGUCGCAUCUCGUUUUUGACAAGCAGACGGCCAGACACAACUAAACUGUACGACUUUAAAUCCUACUGGCGAACAUUUGCAGGCAACUACACAACUUUACCACAGCAUUUCAAAGAGAAUGGAUAUUUCGCAGCUAGUGUUGGAAAAGUUAUGCAUCCAGGUAAAGCGUCAGGGGGAAAUGAUGAUUACCCGUAUAGUUGGUCAAUCCCUGCUUAUCACCCACCGACACAACUGAACAAAACAUCUAAGGUUUGUGAGAAUCCAGAUGGGACCCUCCAUGAAAAUCUGAUCUGUCCUGUUGAUGUUGCAAAGAUGCCCGGCAAAUCGCUACCGGACAUACAGAGCACGGACCAUGCAAUCGAAAUCAUCAAGAACAUUUCUAAACUGACAAAAACUAGCAAAAACUUUACACAACCAUUCUUUUUAGCCGUCGGCUACCAUAAGCCCAACGUACCAUUUACGUAUCCAAAGGAAUAUGAGGAACUGUACCCAUUGGAUUCCAUCUGGAUGCCACCCAAUAACUUCUUCCCUCCAGAUCUUCCAACAGUAGCGUGGGAACCAUAUCAGAUGAUGAGGACAAGAGAGGAUGUCCAGAGUUGGAAUAUUAGUUAUCCUUUUGGACCAGUACCAUUAAAAUACCAG